AUUUAUUAUUACAUGUACUAAUGCACAGGCUUUCAAAUCAUUAACAUGCUGCUGUUACUGUUUGUAUCGGUGAUUUUAUUUGAUAUAUCUUACGCUCAAGUCUAUGGUUUUGGGAGAUGUGCUAAGGUGAAAACCCAGGAAACAUUUGAUCUUUCUAGGUAUCUUGGAAAUUGGUAUGAAAUAUAUAAAUUCAAAGCAAACUUUGAGGGAAAUGCCAAAUGUAUAUCGGCAAAUUACCAGCUAAAAUCCAAUGGACAUAUCAGAGUCUAUAAUUCAGGAAUUGAAAAUGGAAAAAUCAGAGACGCCAUUGGGGAUGCGUACAUACCUGACCAAACAUAUCCAGCAAGACUAGGCGUUAAAUUCUCCAGCUGGGCUCCAUACGGAAGAUACUGGAUCCUAGACACUGACUAUACAACCCAUACAUUGAUUUAUUCCUGCACGGACAUUUUGGGGAUCUUCCACUUCACAUAUGCCUGGAUCUUGGGUCGUGAAAGGACAAUGGAUCAGGCCGUAGUAGACCGACUCUUCAACAAAGCUGCUUCAUUUGGCAUCGAUACCUCAAAUUUCUUAAAACAGGAUCAAACUGGGUGCACAACGUCUUAA